AAUCAGUGUCUUGAAAGGCAGAAAACUCAUUAGAGACUCUGAUCUGUAAUCCGUAUCUUGUGAGAGUGGAAACAUCAAUAUUGGGUCUUGACCAAUGUUAUCGUAUUAGUCAUAUUUUUAAACUCGUCGAGUAGACUUCAAUAAUGUUAAAAAUAAUUUUUCCUCUCUCUUUCUUAAUUUUUGUGAAAAAUUUUGUCAUUCCAACAGAAGCUGCUGUUAUUCCCAAUAAUCAGGAAGAAAGAACCUGCGGAUAUGAGUCAUGUGCAAAAGUCGAUCCAACAAAACUGAACAUACACAUAGUGGCUCACAGUCAUGACGAUGUUGGUUGGCUCAAAACAGUUGAUCAGUAUUACUACGGAAAUCGAAAUCGUAUCCAAGUAGCAGGGGUUCAAUACAUUAUUAACUCGGCAGUUAAAUCCUUACAGGAAAAUCCAGGGAGAAGGUUUAUCUAUGUGGAAACCGCCUUUUUAUGGAAAUGGUGGUUAAGACAAGACGAGAAAGAGAGGGCUGUGGUUCGAUCGUUAAUCAAUGAAGGAAGACUCGAAAUAAUUGGUGGAGGAUGGAGUAUGAAUGACGAAGCAGUGACCCAUUAUCAUUCUAUUAUCGAUCAAUUCACCUGGGGUUUCAGGAGAUUGAAUGACACCUUCGGAGAAUGCGCGAGACCGAAAAUUGGAUGGCAAAUUGAUCCCUUUGGACACUCAAGAGAACAGGCAUCAAUAUUUGCCCAAAUGGGAUUCGAUGGGUUGCUUUUUGGCCGUCUUGAUUAUCAAGAUAAAUCACAGCGAAUGAAAACUCAGACUCCAGAAUUUAUCUGGAAGAGUAGUUCCAGUUUGGGAGAAAGUUCUAACUUAUUUACAACAGUCCUCUACAACACUUACAGUCCACCGGAUGGUUUUUGCUUUGAUAUUCUCUGUUCAGAUGAACCUCUGAUUGAUGACCAUGAGAUUCCCGAUUACAACAUAGAUCGUAGAGUGGAACAAUUUUUGGCAUUUGUCAACAAACAAGCAAAAGCCUACAAAACAAAUAAUGUGAUAAUUACUAUGGGAAACGAUUUCAAUUACCAAAAUGCUGACACGUGGUUCACGAACUUAGACAAACUCAUUAAAUACACAAACCAGCGGAAUGGAUCGACACAUCAUGCAAUUUAUUCAACUCCAUCUUGCUAUUUAAAAGCAGUAAAUAAUAAAAAUUCAUUAUGGACAACGAAAAGUGAUGAUUUUUUCCCUUACGCCAGUGAUCCCCAUUCGUAUUGGACUGGCUACUAUACUUCGCGACCAACAAUUAAAUUUUACGAAAGAAUGGGCAACAACUUUUUACAAGUCGUGAAGCAACUUUCAGUUUUAAGUAAUUUUCCAGACAAUGAGCAAUUAGAAAAAUUCCGAGAAGCUAUGGGUAUAUUACAACAUCAUGAUGCUGUCACAGGCACAGAAAAGCAACAUGUUGCAAACGAUUAUUCUCGAAUUUUAACCAAUGGCAUGAGUGACGGAGAAAAAAUUAGCGCUAAUGCUUUAAGGAAUUUGUUGCCAAAGGAUAAAAACUCAGAGCAGAAGGAGUCACUGGAAUUCCAUUCGUGCCUUUUGUUAAAUAUUAGUAGCUGUGAGCAUACAGAAAACAAUCAAAUUUUUAUUGUUACUGUGUAUAAUCCAACGAGCAGACCACUCACAACUCAUGUUCGACUUCCCGUCAAAGGCACAUCAUAUCGGGUUAAAGAUUAUAUAGGGACUGAACUCGUAACACAAAUUAUACCAAUAUCAGAAACAGUGAAAAAUAUUCCUGGUCGAGAAAGUUCUGCUUUAUAUGAGUUAGUAUUUCUGGCAAUGGAAAUUCCUCCUUUGGGUUAUCAGGCCUUUUAUGUAAGCGAUAAACAUCCGCAAAGUGAAUUUCAAUCUGAUCAACCAGUUAGUGGACAACAUUCAUGGUACAUGGGUGGAAAUGCUUACGAUAUUUCUGUUGACAACACUGGAAAAGUUGUUAUUCAGUCUAAACGUAAGGACAGUAUUAAAUUGACACAAUCGUUUCAUUACUAUGAGGGAGCCGAAGGUAAUAACGAGGAAUUUAAAAACCGAUCCUCUGGUGCCUAUAUCUUCAGACCAAAUCUAACAGCUGGAAUCAAAGACUUUAACUAUAAAGGAAAUUUCCAAAUAUUUAGAGGUCCGUUGCUGGAAGAGCUUCAACUGACUGUUAAUGAGUGGAUAAGUCAAGUAGUGAGAGUAUACAGUGGAGAAGACAGAAUUGAAUUUUCGUGGCUAGUUGGUCCCAUUGACAUCAAUGAUGAGAUCGGGAAAGAAGUAAUAACCAAAUACACGACAGACUUGAAGUCAAAAGGUAAAUUUUUAACCGACAGUAAUGGUCGAGAAAUGUUGGAACGAAAAAGAAAUAAACGACCCACGUGGGAUUUAGAUCUCGUCGAGCCAAUUGCUGGAAAUUACUAUCCAAUAACGACGAAAAUUUCCCUGAGGGAUAAAAACAGAAAAUUAAAAAUGGCUGUACUUACUGAUAGACCUCAAGGAGGUGGUAGUUUAAAGGAUGGUGAAAUUGAACUGAUGGUUCAUCGAAGAUUAUUGAAGGAUGAUGCUUUUGGUGUAGACGAAGCUUUAAACGAAACGGCUUAUGGAACAGGAUUAGUAGCCAGAGGAGAACAUUCCUUAAUUAUUGGAAGCGAAUCGAAUUCAUUCGUACUUCGCGAGAAAAAUGAGGCUGUGAGAUUGGCCCUUCGACCCUGGAUUUUUAUUACACCUCUUGAAAAUACAUCCUACGAUGAUUGGAAAAAAAAUUAUAAGAUGCAGAGUUCUGGUCUGACGAAAACUUUGCCUCCCAACGUUCACAUCCUUACUUUAGAGCCCUGGAAAGAUGGAAACGUUCUGUUGAGACUUGAGCACCUGUUUGAAUCAGGAGAAUCUGGAAAUUAUUCGAUCCCUGUAGAAGUAAACAUCCAGGAUCUGUUCUCAACGUUUACGGUAGCUUCAGUGUUUGAAACUACAUUGGGAGGGAAUCAGUGGCUGGAGAAAAAAGAUCGUCUUAAAUGGACACCAGAAGCAAACGAAAUUUUAGAAAAUGAUUCUGUUUUGCCUCCUGAAUCAGAAAAGUUAGAUGUGGUGAAUGUUCUUCUAAACCCUAUGGAGAUUCGGACCUUUAUUGUUAAACUUACUCCCCGCCAGUAAUUUUUUUUCAGUGACUCUUGAAAAAAUCUCUUUAUAUCUAAAUAAGAUUUUGUUCUAUUGUAUUUUAUCAUAUUUUAAAUAAAAAAUUGUACUGUUUUAAAAUAAAAAUA